GCAGUCUGCGUGCGCCGCACUCUCGCGCCGCUCUUCUCGCCAACAUUGGACGAACCUAAUUACAAGUCUCAUAGCAAGUCUUUGCAAAAAUUUCAAUUCGAACAGAAUUUUUGAAGCCUGCAAAAUGACAGUGAAGAAGCGACCCUCAGACUUGUCGAGCUUGGAACGGUUUAACCUAUAUUACCGGCAGAAGGAGCCGCCGCUGACCGCGGGAGAGAAGGCCAAGCGUUUCAUCUGGAACCCUAAGACAAGACAGUUUUGUGGCCGCACUGCAUCGAGCUGGUCCAAAAUAUGUCUAUUUUACUUCAUCUUCUAUUCCGCGCUGGCGAUCCUCGUGGCGAUAUGCAUGUGGACCUUCCUUCAGCUGUUGGACGACCGACAGCCUAAGUGGCAAUUGGAGGGGAGUAUAAUAGGCACCAACCCUGGCCUCGGCUUCCGACCGACACCUCCAGAAGUUGCCAGCAGUGUAAUCUGGUAUAAGGGGAAUGAUCCUGGUAGCUAUCACUUUUGGGUGAAUGAGCUGUCCAGAUUUUUAAAAGUCUACAAACGCGACGGCAAGAAAGCGGGUGCUGGCCAAAACAUUCACAAUUGUGACUUCAAGCUCCCAGCGCCAGCGGGCAAGGUCUGCGACGUGGACAUCAGCGCCUGGGGUCCUUGCGUCCAAGAAAACAACUUCGCCUACCACAAGUCCACGCCUUGCGUGUUCCUUAAACUUAACAAGAUCUAUGGAUGGAAGCCAGUCUUCUACAAUAGCUCAGACGCCCUGCCUCCAGCCAUGCCAGACGAUUUGAAGGAACACAUCAGGAAUUUGACGGCCUACGAUAAAAAUUAUUUGAACAUGGUGUGGGUUUCGUGUCAAGGAGAGAACCCAGCUGAUCGGGAGAACAUUGGACCUAUCCAGUAUCUACCUAACAGAGGAUUUCCUGGAUAUUACUUUCCAUAUACGAAUCAAGAAGGCUACCUCAGUCCUCUCGUCGCCGUUCAUUUGCAAAGGCCGAAGACUGGUAUGUUGAUCAACAUAGAGUGUCGUGCGUGGGCACACAAUAUUAUGUACGACAGACACGAGGGCAUGGGCUCCGUACACAUCGAAAUUAUGGUCGAAUAAAAAUUGACGUCAUCCGUAGAGGAGAAAGGGUCAUACAACUGUUACUGUUGCAUUUUUGGUUUACAAUUUUCUAUUGUUUAAUGAUGUCUGUAUUAAAAAAAGGAAAGUUGUUACAUUGAAGUAAUUAAGUAUAUUAUACUUCAAUUUGUUGUUACGAAAAAUAGGUCUAACCCACAAAAAGCUAUUGUUUGGAUUUGUAUACAGUGUCUUGCUUCGAUUAUUUUGUAACUUUGCUUGUUAUCGACUGAGGUUUCUUUUUUGAAUAAUUUUUACGGUAUAGCAGGAUCAAUCAAAAGGUUGCCUUUGCUUGAAAUGGAAUGGUUUGACAUAUACAACUCGAUUUUGAAGCGAGUGUGAGUUAGAUCCUGUUUGCGCAAUUACAUCCAAAAAUUACCUGUAAAUUGUUUGUUAAUUAAUAAUUCAUUUGAUUAUACAAGUCAAGUACGUGUUAGAGUUCAUUAAAAUCAGUGUUUGAAACCCGAAACUUAAGUUCAAUUCAUAUAGUUUACUAUUUUGUUCCAUGAGUUAGGAAACCAACACAGUGCCCCUUGUUCGUUUUCAUUUAAGACAAAAGGAACAGAUUAUAUAGGCAAAAACAGUUGUGUACCCAAUGAAUGUUAGCAUUAAAUUGUAGUGAAUGUUUUCCUUGCGAGAGUAAAUUUUAACUAAUUUAUUAAAGCUUUGUUUU